AUGACACAGUGGUGGCAGAGCACAGAACUACAGAGCACAGAACUACAGAGCACACAGCCCCAGAACCACAGCACACAGACACGGCAGGCCCAGGACCACACAGCACACAGCCACGGCAGGCCCAGGACCACACAGCACACAGACACGGCAGGCCCAGGACCACACAGCCCCAGAACCCACAGCACACAGACACGGCAGGCCCAGGACCACACAGCACACAGACACGGCAGGCCCAGAAUCACACAGCCACGGCAGGCCCAGAAUCACACAGCCACGGCAGGCCCAGAACCACAGAGAACACAGCCAUGGCAAUUGAACGAGCCAAUUGAUGGGCGCCUGAGGCCAGGGGAUCAGCUCAUUGCCAUCAACAAGGAGUCCUUGAUAGGUGUGACCCACGAGGAAGCUAAGAGCAUGGUCAACAAGGUCAAAUUCAGUCAAGAGGCGGUGGUGGAGGUUGCUUUCAUCCCUGGUAAAGGUCCGUUCCCCAACAGCACGUCUUUACACAACGGUGUCCAGCGCGGCGUUGGCAACGGGUACAGCUCCGGACGCUUAAAAGUCCACGUCAGAUCACCAGAGAUCCGUACGGGGGAACCUGCCCCACUGCCUUCACCCUCCCCUGACAUCUGCCCUCCAGAUAUACACAUUUCAGGCUCGGCCCCCACCCAGAGAACAGUGUUGUCUGCAGCCAAACCCAAGAUCUCCCUGGACCCUCACAUACGCCUCAAGUCUGACAAACUGGACCUGGCGUUGUCGUACCUGGGUCUGGACGUGACGGAGGAGAAGAGGAGGAAGCUGAGACAAAGUCUUAUCACUGACCCACAGGGAACCGUGUCCUACGGAGACUUUGUUGAGGCCACACGCAACGUCUACCAAGAGAAUCUGGAGGAGGCGGGACUAGGGCAGAAAGAGUUCAUGUUCUCCUAUCACGAAGCAGCUAGCUUGAUGGACACCUCUGCCUUCCACUCCCCGACCUUUGAUUCAGAUUCCUACAGUAGUGAAGAACUGGAGCACUUUCAGGCGGAGGUGAAACAGCUGCAGAACCAGAUUAAACAACUCAAGUCCAAUCACAGUCAGCCUGCUGGUUUUCCUACACUACCCCAGAUCAGUCAGCCUGCUGGUUUUCCUACACUACCCCAGGUCAGUCAACCUGAUGGUUUUCCUACACCACCCCGGGACACAGAGCACAGCAAGUCGACCCUGGAGGAGGAGCUACACAACACCUCAGAGAAAGCGUGUGCGACGGUGGAGGAGAACAGUCGUCUGAAGACUCGUGUGCAGGUAGCGGAGGCAGUGCAGAGAGACAGACAGAGUAACAGUGCAGAGCAGGACUAUGAAGAGGUCAUUACACUGCUAGAGGCUGAGAUCAAAGACCUGAAGAACCAACUGGCGGGCAAGAAACAGAAGGGUCUGGAAGCUACUAAGGAAGAUGUGAUGGAGUUAAACAGGAAGUUGUCAAUGAUUGACUGUCAGCUGAGGAGGUCUGAGCUGAGCAGAAGACACCUGGAGAUCUCCAACAAGAAACUACUGGGAUUCGCACAGAAUGUUCACAAAGUGCUCACCACCCCCAGUUUGUUUGGAAUGGAAAAUGGGAGUAGCAGGACCUCUCCAGCCACAGACAGUCCAGAGACCCCCUCUCCCAUCCCAGACCCAGCCUGCCAGUUAGCUGCAGAGGCCAGGGAGCUGGUGGAGGGGGUCAGAUCCCUGAGCAGCACCGAUGAUACAGCCCCUCUCAGUGACUCAGAGGUGGGGGAACCACCUGACCCAGCCAUGGACCCUAACCGGGCCACACACCCUCAUAGCUCGCCGGCUCAGACAUCUCCUACAGAAGAUCCAGCCAAAGACAAGCGCCGCCAGUAGAGAACGUUCAGAGAACGUCACAGAGAGCGUUUUAGAGAACGUUACGAGGAUGUGAAAAGAACAACGUGGCUGGGGACUAGGCUCAGAAGAACACAGUGGUUGGCUGACUACGUUUACCUAAAAACUACCAACGACCCUUUAAAAGACCGACAGACAGAUUGAGAGAGACAACCAGACAGACUGUAUGUAGGAUGCUAUGCAGUGUGCGUAAAAAAAGAAAGAAAACACUUACAACUCAGCUUCAGUCAAUGUUCUGGGAUUGCUCUACUGAUUAACCGCAAAAUGUUCUAGUUUAUCUGUUUUCUAAUACAGCUGUGUGUGUACUUACGUUUCUCUGUUGAUAUUUAGCAUUUGUCAGAAUGUGAACAAAGGGGAGAUUCUCAACUGGGAGAAUCUCCCCUUCCUGGGAAGGAUAGCAGGUUUUGAGGUGAAAUGGCAGAGACUUGUAGAUGCAGUUCAGUUUGUUCCAAAGAGCUUGCCGUAGCCGAUUAGACAGCACUACAAAGCCAAGGCGCUACCGUUGGGUGUGUAGGUGUACAGACAUACAGCAUGAGCUAUGAUGAUGAUGAUAAUGAUGAUGAUGCAAUGAACCUUUCUAUCCCUGAGUUCCAAUACUCUGUAAAAGAUGAAUUCUCUCAUGUCCUAUUUCCUUGUAUCCUAUUUCCUUGUAUCCUUCCUGACCACUGAAAUCUGGAGAGACCGGAUAGUGACGUUCAAUAUGCCGGUAUGACAUUGGCUGCUCGUCAAAUUGGUUCCAUCCGUUUAUUUUUGGGAUCAGUGGUCCUCAAGGACACGAAGAGAGAUGAAGACGUUUGUGUUCAUUAUCUGAGACGGGACAGAAAUGUGUAUUUUUGCUCACAACAGUUCCCAGAGUUGAGGAGAAGAAGCCAGACGAGGGUAUUGGAACCUAGCCCUAGCUGUGUCUAUAGCUGUAUCGCCAUGGCUACAGUAAGUGCCCUGUAUGUGUAUACUUCAGAGAGAGAGAGAGAGAGGAUAACAUGGACGAUGUGCCCUGAUCCAAAGCGUCUCAUCCUGAUGACAUCGUGUCACCAUGGUGAUGACCCUGUGUACAGAAACGGUUUGUCCCUUAUACUGACGUGCUCUGAUGAACUGUCUGUCUGUUUUGAAGAUGAUUUUGUACUGGAAAAGCCCAUUUUCUGUUACGGAUACCGAGGUAGAGGAAGAAGCGUUAGGACCUGCACGAGCUGUCAUGGCGACGCCGAGACGUCUGCUUUUGCUGUUAUUAUAAAACCUUGUAAAUCUUUAAGCUGAAAUAAAUAUUGCACUCUCCUUUGAUGUCCUUCUCCACAUCUGCUGACUGACACACACACACACACACACACACACACACACACACACACACACACACACACACACACACACACACACACACACACACACACACACACACACACACACACACACACACACACACACACACACACACACACACACAAACAAAUCCGCUGGACCAAGCCAGAGCUUACUAUAGUAUGUCUGUGUCAGUUGAAGCUCGUUCAAGGCUUUGUCUAUGAGGAUUCCUUCCUUCCUUACUGUUGAGUUCUGUGAAUACUUACUACGCUGUCAUAUCACAUAUGUUCCGUGACUUCUGUUAGAACUGCGUCUCCAUAGCGACAGCUGUGUGGAAGUUCCGUUCCAUAACCCACAGUUUGUUGUCUUGUUCUCUGAGAUUGAGGUUAUGUCACCAAGACAAUAAAAAAAGAAUGGAAAAAACAACAACAAUGGCCUUUUAGCAGUGGCUGUGUCUCGAUAGUCGCAACUAGCUCCCUUUCCUUGUGUCCUUUCCUUGUGUCCUUUUCCUUCAUGAUCAGUGAUAUGGAAAGAAGUGAUACUGUAGGUAAAAAAAGCAAUAUGGUGGAAAGCCACCCAAUCCUUUCACCUGUUAGAGGUCCCGAAGGAAAGGAAAUGAGGGGAGGAGACAAGUAAAGGAAGUAAUGAAAGAGUAAUGAGACCCAGCCGGUGUCUAUCAACUCAAAACACCUGAUACUUCCUCAGUGCUAAUGAAGGAAAGGAGACGAGGAAGGAAGCCAAUGACGAGUAUUGAGACACAACGCAAAGCAGUGUAUCUCAACUGGAAACAUCAUCAGUACCAAACUAUCACUGCAUGGUUCUGGUUCUGGUUCUGGUUCUGACCACCUGUCGUUCAACAUCCAACUGUGGAAUCAAAUGUUUGGUUUCAGGAAUGUAGAGAGAAACAUGAGUUAUACUGUUUAAAACAAUAGGUUGUAUGAUAACGAUACCUGUGUGGUGGGAUGUAUGGGCUGCGUCCCAAUAAUCUCUCCGUUCUCCCGAAGUGUGCACUCGUUCACUUUCCUUUAUGGAUUUCAGAGGACAUGACUGGAAUAUGGAACUCCCUCUAGAAUCCAGCCCAUAUGCCAACACAUAUCCAUGUAUUUUACAUUCGUAUGGAGUAGUGAACGAGAGCACACUUCAGGAAAGAAAGAGAGAGUUUUGGGACACAAGUCAAGGAGAUGUGUACAACAGGAGGUAACAUUAAUAAGACCGUAGCUAAAUGUGUCCGAGGUGUAAUGUUUAUAUUGUUACAUGCACACGCUUUACCAAACUGACUGACAUGUAGUCCUGUAAUUGAACUAGAUUGCAUCAUUAUGUGUGGCCUCUGAACUUUCUUUCACUGUUUUUAAUAAAGGAUUAACC